AUGCAGCUGAAUAAUAAUGUGACUGAAUUCAUUCUGCUUGGACUGACACAGGAUCCUAUUAGGAAGAAAAUAGUGUUUGCCAUUUUCUUGCUUAUCUACUUGGGCACACUGUUGGGUAACUUGCUGAUUCUUGUUACCAUAAAGACCAGUCAGGCUCUUGGGAGUCCAAUGUACUUCUUUCUUUUCUACUUAUCCUUAUCUGAUACUUGCCUCUCUACUUCCAUAGCUCCUAGAAUGAUUGUGGAUGCACUUUUGAAGAAUACUACUAUUUCUUUCAGUGAAUGCAUGACCCAAGUCUUUUCUGCCCAUUUGUUUGGCUGCCUGGAGAUCUUCAUCCUUGUCCUCAUGGCUGUUGAUCGCUAUGUGGCCAUCUGUAAGCCCUUGCACUACCUGACCAUCAUGAGCCAAAGGGUAUGUGGUGUGUUGGUGGCUGUGGCCUGGGUGGGGUCCUGUGUGCAUUCUUCAGCUCAGAUUUUUCUUGCCUUGAGUUUACCUUUCUGUGGACCCAAUUUGAUCAACCAUUACUUCUGUGACUUGCAACCAUUGUUGAAGCUCGCCUGUGCAGACACCUAUGUGAUCAACCUACUCCUGGUGUCCAACAGUGGGGCCAUUUGCACAGUGAGCUUUGUCUUGCUGAUGUUCUCCUAUGUGAUCAUCCUGCGUUCUCUGAGGAACCACAGUGCUGAAGGGAGGAGAAAAGCCCUCUCUACCUGCAUCUCUCACAUCACUGUGGUCAUCCUGUUCUUUGGUCCUUGCAUAUUCAUAUACACACGCCCUGCCACCACUUUCCCUAUGGAUAAGAUGAUAGCAGUGUUUUAUACAGUUGGAACACCAUUGGUCAAUCCUCUGAUUUAUACACUGAGAAAUGCAGAGGUGAAAAAUGCCAUGGGGAGACUGUGGAGCAAGAAGUUGAUCUCAGAUGACAAAAGAUGA